CCAAAUUCAGCGACUUGAACUCCUGUGAUACCUUUCUUCCUCGAAGAUGGCACUUGACACCAAUGACUUCCACCAUAAGUCCUAGUAGUAACACCCGCGGCCAGGUUAUCUCUACCUACCACGACCAUCCCAGAUUCAUUUGUGUGAGCUGUUCAGCGGUGCUGGCGUUGCAGGACGAACUUAUUAGCAAGUCUUUCUCAGGCAGAGAAGGAAGAGGCUUCCUCAUGCACUCAACAACUAAUGUGAAAUUGGGAAAGAAAGAGGAUCGCCCACUUCUUACAGGAGUCCACACCGUAGCGGACAUCUUCUGCAUGGGGUGCAAUGACCGUGUUGGGUGGUAUUAUCAUAAGGCAGCCGAUUUAUCUCAGAAAUAUAAGGAAGGAAAGUAUCUUCUUGAGCGCGAGAAAGUAGUGAAGGAGAACAACUGGAAAUUGGAAGAAUGAUCUGCAACCCAUUGCAAACAUUUCGGCCCUACAACAGGUGGAGUUUGUGUAAAUUGUCAUGCUAAUAUGAUUGUCAUGAAAACGCACUAUACAUUAAGCAGGCGGCUCGGUGUCAAUUGCAGGGUCUUUUGCUGUA